CAGCAACGUACCGUAUGGCUACAGUUUUCAGUAUCCUUCGAGGCCAGUAAAAAUUCCCCUCGGUAGGCCAUGGUGCCAAUGGAAUGUUGAAACCCGCACGAUAGAGGGUAGCACCCAUGCCUCCAUAUUUUUAAGCAUAAGAAUAUGCUCCAAUAAAGUAUUUAAAUUUAUACUUCAUCGCAAACACAAGACUAUAUUCAGUAAAGCUACAGAUAAAGCCGAUGCGGAUGGGAAGGUUCUUGGCAUGAACCUGUCCGGCUAGUUUUUAGGAUGUCCAGUUGUAGUAGCAUGGGAGAUCUUCUUGACGGGCACUUUGAAGGUGAGGAAACGAUGUGCGCCUUUGCCGUGUCAGGACAUACAGCAGGGACGAGCCAGCAGCAGGAAGAAAAACAGCCUGAGCAACCUGUAGCUGUACUACAAGAAGAACUGCAUGAACAGGGCGAAUCAUGCAAAAGAACUACAGGAGUGUUUGGAGGAGAAGGGGGGCUUUCGAAGCUACAAAAAAUCAUGCUUCCGGUGUCGUGUCUCAUUGUUCUCCUACUGUACUUUUAUAUGGGCAUAGGGAUUAUAACGAGACAACGACCGCAGUCACCUGCCAGUACCAAUACAAGAACACCGACCGCAAUGUUAAAAAUACCGGUCACGAGGACGACCGCAAGGGGCGCAAGAAGAGAAACUACAGCUCUGUUCUCUAGAAGAACAGGUGCAGGCACGCCCUGGCGAAGUACAACUAGGGCUUCUAUUUUUACUUCCGAAGAUACUACUACAGCGAUUUCCCCAACUGGAGAGGACGAAAUGCAAGAAGAAAAUCAGCAAAAGGCAAGAGUCGAGCAACUACUCCCAGAGGACGGCGCGAGGAUGACUACUUUUCUCGCAACAAGAGCAGGAGCGUCAAAUAAAGCCACGUCGGCGACGUCAAGAACCCUGGCGUCGGAGGCUGGACUUACUACGCGACUUCUACCCAGCAGCACAGGCGCAAACACAAGAGCUACUACAUCCGCCAACACGACAUCAAAUAUUGAAGAUAAAAACAGCACAACAACUGCAGUAGCAGCACAACGACCAUCGGCCGACUGUACCCCGGAGAAAUUUUGCUUCCGCAUGCUCGAGAACGGGCUUUCCAAACCGGUUUAUUUAGUGGCGAGAAGGGAAGUGCUUUUCGACAAGGCAGCGUUCUCGAUAACGCCGACUGGGUUUGUGAUCCGCAAACUCCGGAAAAGCAAGUUCAACAUGCCGUUUGAGCUGCACGAGACGGGGUUUAUGCUGUUACAGAUCCCCCCGGGCGCUCCCACGCCAGACGAGGAAGCCUUCUGGGACGACCCCGCCGGGCCUGAUGUGGUGCCGAAACAGAAGAUCACAAAGUGGCAACUUCCGCCGGGCUCGACGUUACAAUUUACCAUAGACCGCGGAACGAAGCACGCGGACCACGACUGCAUCAUCGCGCCGCAGUUCGACGGGGGCCCGGCCGACACCCCCGGACCCACGAAGGACUACUUUUGUGACUUCCGUGCGGAUAUUAACUGCAAAUAUGUCUGGGUCUGGAAGAUUGCCAGGUUUGUGAUGCAUAUUUAGCAUGACCCAUGAUGCCUGUAAUGCAUGAGCUAGAAUGACAGAUUUUUAGAUGGCUUCCUGAUGCCUAUUUCGCAUGACAACUGCCCUUCCCGCGUAGCACAAACUGGACUCGUCUUGCUGGUCAUGCAAUACAGAUUCUUUUAGAAUCCAAAUGCAGCAUCACAAGUUGCAACCUUCCAGACCCAGACAUUUUUGCAAUCCAUAGCGAACCAGAUUGGGUUGGAGCACAAACCGUGCUGGACGUUCGAACUGAUCAACGAGGGCCCGAUAUCCUAUGUGAAAACGUCCCCACCCCAGAGUUGUCAUGCAGCAAAACUGCAUGAUCAGGAUCACAAUGUUUCUCAUGCGGGGCCGCCCCAUACGAAGCAUCUUCUAGUCGCGUUUAAAAAUUUGUAAUGCUCCAAUCAGCAUCACAGGCUAGAUCUGUGAUGCUGCUGAACGAGCGAAACAGGAUUUUUACACUACGGGGCAAAAGAACUUGGCGUGCGCAACAACCAUAGCUGGUGGAUUUGUCUAGCAGAUUCCCCAUUUUGAGUCUGGGGUGGGGACGUUUUUGCGUAGGAUACCCGAUCGGCUACUUCGCGUCGGUCCAGAACGUUUUCACGUACAACGACACGCGCAGCUGGCUCGUUUUUCCCUUUCCCGAAGUCACUGACAAGUACAAAAGUUUAUGCACUCGACCCUUGCGGGGGGUGCACGUGAACGAGUACGUGCUCCGCGCGAAGAACCUGACGAACCGAACGGUCGGGCGGAGUUCGGACGCUUUCAAAGACACCACGCCUGACCAGUGCUUGCAGCUCUGCGUGGAGGAGCCGGCAUGCUAUCCUGUGUAAAAACGUCCCCACCCCAGAGUUGUCAUGCAAAUCUGCAUGCCAAAAAAAUUUCUCAUGCGGAGCCCCAUGAGAAGCGUUUUCUAUUCGUGUUUCGGAAUUUGUGAUGCUAUAAUCAGCAUGAUGUGCUGCAUCUGUGAUGUUUCUGAACUACCUAAACAGGAUUACGCUACGAGGACAAACUUGUCAUGCAAAGCAACCAAAGCUGGCUAAUUUGUCUAGCAGAUUUCCCAUCUUGACUCUGGUGUGGGGACGCUUUUCCCUCAGGAUAAAUGCACACUUUUCAUCUACGAAGACUUCCACCACCCGUUUAGCAAAUUGCGCCAGCAGAACCUCAGCCCAAGUAUAAUAAGCAGUGCCAACGCCGAUAACGUUCGCACCCCCCAACAAAACUGCUGGCUGAUACAGAGAACGAAACACCUGUCCGCGCAACUGGCAACACCAGCUUUCUUCGAGGCACGACUGAGGAACAAAACUGGAGACGAAAUAAAAGAUAGCUAUCGUGGUCAAGAACUAACUAUCAAGUGCAAAAAUGUCUGGGUCUGGAAGAAUGCAUGUUUGUCAUGCUUGUCUGGCAUGACUCUUAAAUCUGUCACGCACGUUACCCAAGAGCUCCACUUUUCUGUGAUGCAGAAACGCAGUUUGUCAUGCAGAAUAGGCAACACCUAGAAGCUCAGAAACUUGUCAUGCUGAGCCAGCACUUGUGGCCUCAUCAUGAGACGCCGCCCAGCAUCACAAGCUUCCAGACCCAGACAUUUUUACAUUUGAUACUAACGUACGGGAAGGCCUGGUGGGAUCCCGACUGGAUUAAUCAGUCUGGGUUCGUAGCCCCGGUGAGCGAGGCCUGUCUAUCAAAAUGAAAACUCCCCCCUCGUCCCCAUAGCGAAAACGAAACUUUUUGUGAUGCUGUAUUUGAGUACAACUACACAAAUCGAUUUGUAUUGCUUAGAACGCCAAGAGGCGCAGUCAAGGCCUCGUGUGCAGGCAAUUAUAGUCAUGCUGUUUGUUCCCACUUCCAGCUGCCUGCUGGCAUGCUGAAGAUGCAAGGCUUAUUUCCCACGCCACCCAGUAUUACGGUCCGCAUCUUUAUUUCCCUGCUAGCGUGACAAAAUGACUUUUGUACACAAAUCCCGCAUCACAGACUUCCAUUUUGACAUGAGGAGGGGGGAUUUUUCAUUUUGAUACUGUCGGGAGCAGGUACUAGGCGGCGUUGUCCACGUAAGUGGAGGUUACUAUGCCGCGGAAGGGAUCAUAUGAUGAGCAAAAACGUCCCCACCCCAGAGUUGUAUAUGCAAAUGCGCAAUGACAGGAACAUUUGUAAUGCGCAUCUCCAUGUUGACAGGCAUUUCCAAUCGUGAUCAUGUCUUGGCAUUUGUAAUGCUGUAACCAGGAUGAGGAAGUGGCUGUGGCUCUCCCAUGCGGGCGCUUCCCUUGCCAACCAGCACUACGCUGCAGAUGGAGAUUUCUCAUGCAGCACAACUCCCAAAUAUUAAACUUGGAGAUCGAGACUUGCAUCUGUGUUCUUGCAGGUUUAGCAAUCGUUGACUCUGGGGUGUGGGCCACGUUUUUGCCCAGGAUAGGUCAUGCCCUGGGACCAGACCGAAAACAGCGUCGUCUCCGAGGACCCGAGACUGGGCGUAAAGAAUACUAACCACCUCCAGGCGGUCAACUACAUGCAAAAAACUCCCUUGCCACCGCACAUACUUGAGCACAAAGCCACUUUUGUGUGGGAGAUCCUGCCCAACUUCCGGAACGCGGCAUCGAUGACAAACCUGGAGACCGGGGCGAGUGGCAAAUCGUUCGCGUCUGCCAUCCGCCACCUGUACGAGCCCGGUGGCAUGUUCGUGAUUCGCGCGUGGUCGCCCAUAGGCCCCAGUAACGCCACAACUCACGCGGAGUGGUGUAAAUUUGGAAAGAAGAGCGCAACGGCUUGGUGGUGCCAGGGCAGGUACUGGAGGACAAAACGGCGGUACGGGAGUGGCUGUGAUGCGAGUUAUGAAAUGCAAAUAUGUCUGGGUCUGGAAAAUUGGAACUUGUAAUGCUAGCUUUACAUUCCUGGGAAUAAAUCUGUAUUGCAUAACCGACAAAAGCCGCAGCCAUUUUGUCAUGCAAAAACGCAGUUUCUCAUGCGGGCUGCCUAUGAGAAAGUGUAUCUCCCGAAAGUUGUCAUGCUGGUCUGCAUUCGGAAGUGUUUCCAUCAUGCACAUUUUAGCAUCACAAGUUUCCAGGCCCAGACAUUUUUGCACUUGAUACGAGUAGGGAGUACGCAAUGGCCGUUUCGGAUUUCGUGCUGUGUACACGAGCAGCGUCGUAUCAAAUGUAGAAAUGUCUGGGUCUGGAAGAAUGCAACUUGUCAUGCUAAAUCUGAAGCAUGCAAAAAUCUGUGUUGCGUGUUUACUAAAAGCUGUCCACUUUUGACCUAAUCGAGAGGCAGUUUCUCAUGCAGGAUAGGCAUGAGAAAGGUCUCGCAGAAUCUGUCAUGCUAUGUCCUACAUGCCAGACCUCAUGGGUCACGGAAAACCUGCAUGACAAAAUCUGGCAAUCUUCCAGACCCAGACACUUUUGCAAUUCAUACGUCGAACUACAGUACAACCACAUCAAAUCAUAUCAAAGAAAAAAAGUUCGUCACGAUCACUCAUGCGCAUUCUUGCAAUACAAAAUUGUUUGUCAUGCGUAAAAAUGCAUCACAGCCAAACUUUAUUAGGGAUUUCCCUAGUGUUUCUGCAAUACAAAGAAAGUUUGUGAUGCUGAGAAAAUUUGUAAUGCAAAACCUGCAAGUUAGUGACUGUGACAAACUUUUUUCUCUCCACAAAUCAGACCUGCACGGGCGUGGAUCCGCGUUUUUAUAGUUCUCCAUUGGCGAACGCCAAUCCGAACGCACAAAAGCAACUGGAGAGUGGUAUCAACUGCAAAAAUGUGUGGGUCUGGAAGAAUUGGAACUUGUGAUGCUAACUUUGGACUCUAGAAAAAUCUGUAUUGCAUGAGCAGCACGAGGAGUCUGGUUUGUGCUACGCGGGGCGGGCGUUUGUCAUGCGGAGUAGGCAUCAGGAAGGGUUCUAAAAGUCUGUGAUGGUAGGGCAUGCAUCACACACAAUCCUGGGUCGUGCAAAACAUGCAUGACAAGUCUCAGAAUCUUCCAGACCCAGUAGACAUUUUUACAUUUGAUAAGUGGAAAAGGAAAUCAAAAUCUGGGAAGUAGAUCACGCACAACAGGAGGCCGAGCCGGCUUUGGUACUACUUAUGGAUUGCAAAAAUGUCUGAGUCUGGAAGAUUGCAACUUGUCAUGGUAAAUCUGAAGCAUGCAAAAAUCUGUGUUGCAUGAGUGCCAAGAGCUAUCCACUUUUGACCAAGUUGGAGGGGAGUUUCUCAUGCAGGACAGACAUAGCGGAGACCUCGCAGAGUCUGUCAUGCUAAGUCCCGCAUUCCAGACCUCACGGGUCAUGGAAAAUCUGCAUGACAAGUCUACACUUUUCCAGACCCAGACACUUGUGCACUUGAUGCUACUAGUACUGGACCUACUAAUUCUUCUCUACGCAAGAACAUCAACGAGUUUUCAGAGGAGAGCCCUGGUGCUGGUACCACUAGCAAGUUCAAGAGAUACCGCACGUGGUCGUACCUGGGAGAUGAAAAAAGCGGACAAAAGGACGGCAGUCCUCCUAGUACAGGGACUGGAGGUGAAGAUGGUACAGUGAUGAAGUCCUCCACUUCCACUGAGCAGAAAAAAACACAAGCAGAAGAGUCAUCUGCAGAUUCACUUCCGGAGCAACAGGCAGGACAGGUAGAUGAUGGCAGCAGCACCGGCGCAAAAUCGUCAAAAACGAACACUACAAAUGGCACAAAAACAAGCAACUCCUGUGUCCUCGUCCUCCUCAUCGUGGCCUGUGUCGUGGUUUUCCUUUUGCUGCUCGGCAUGAUCUACAUGAGUCGCCGGCACGAGGAGCUGCUAAAACAAGAAAGGGUCGUGCAGGACUUUGCGCAGAACAACGAUUACGAUCCCGCGCGGCGGUUGGUUGUUUUCGGGGACAGCAACCAGCAGGUUCCGUUUGGACGGACGAUCGUGUCCUACGACGCCGUGUCGGCAGGAGGAGGGCCGUCCCAUGUUUCGCUGAUUUUUGCCACAACUGCUAGUCCCGCGUCUAGUACUUCUGCGGUCGGGACGACAGGCCCAACAAGUGUUGUCCCGAUGCUUUUGCAGGGCGGCACAACGGCUUUGGCCAGCGAAGGCCCGAAUUUUCCAACGCCACAGAUUCCGGCACCCAGUGUGGCCGAGGAUUUUUUUGCGGCGGGGGCCGGGGAUGAAGAAGAUGUUGAGGUGUGAUGGUGUGAGUUUAUGGGAAGAAACGUCUACUUGUGCUUACGCGGUACCACUACAGCAACAGGAGACAAUGUUGAGAUUCAUUUUCAUCUUCUUCUAUAGCCGAAAGCGACUCAAUUCUUCUUGCAGCGUCUUUCAUUGAGAUUUGCACCGUGAUGUACCUCCAUUGUGAACUACCCGUCUUUUAGAAAGAAAACGACAAUAAACUACUUCUUCCUCGG